AUGCUGGGCUGAGCCUACGGGCUCGCUCAGUGGGAGUGCGCUGCGGGCCGGGCCCGCCGGGCCCCGCGCUUCCACCGGCCCCCCCGCUUCCACCGGCCCCCCCGCUUCCACCGGCCCCGGCCCGGGAAGGUCCGCGGUUCGGGUUCGGGACCGGGCCGGGCAGGGUCCCCGGGCCCGGGAAGGUCCGCGGUUCGGGGCCGAGCAGCUCCAGCCCCGCUCGGGCCGCGCUCGGCGGGCGGCAGCGCCGGGACCUCGCUGGGACACGAGGGGCCAGCCCGGGCCCCCGCCCGGCACCCCAGGAACAGGUGUCUGCAAUUUGCCUCUCAGUGCUAAGGGUAUGAAUGCAGGCGGUGAAGCUGGUGUUAUUGAUGGUGCAUAGGACCAGGUGUUCACAGACGAAAGGCAAGAACGAGGCAGCAAACGGCGUCUGCUCGGCGUCUCUGCUCGCAGGAGGAACGGGGACUGGGCAACAAAUGGACGGGGCUGACGGGGAAACUUUGAAGCAAAGUUUGUCUUCAGGGUUCGUUGGGAAAUACAUGGCACAGAUAUUGGCAUCAGCAUCUUGCAUCCGACUCUGCAAAAGACAUCGCUACGGGAUAACAGGGCGCUCGGUGUGUGAACGCCACGGAGAGGAGCUCAUCGCCUGCUUCGCUUUUGGCAUCCGAAGGUUUGCUUUUCUCUGUGGGGCUGUGGGAGGGAUGCGGCCGUGGUUCUGUGGGUCGCGGUUCUGUGGGUCGCGGUUCUGUGGGUCGCGGUUCUGUGGGUCGCGGUUCUGCGGGUCGCAGACCCAGGUGAAUCUGCUGCAGUGCCAGGUGCCGUUUCUCCCCGGCCGUAGGGCUUCUCAGGACCCUCCUGUGGGACACCCCGGCCCCCAGAUCCUCGGGCACAGGAGACGGCGACUCCUGGGAUCUGCUGCGAGUCCCGCCGCUGGUUCCCGCUGUGCUGUGCAGGUCCUUGCCUGUGGCCAGCGGAGAUGUGAUCAAGAUGAGGGACGUCUGUGUGUUCAUUACGCUGCCUACGCCUCCACUGACACACUUUACAUUUAAAAUACUGUUUCCAUUGAGCUGAACCAUAACCAUUGAGCGUGUGGACUUGGGGAGCUCCAUUAGCAAAUGCAAAUUGGUGGGUGCUUUGUCCUCUGUACACAGAAGUCUUGGGAAGUCAUGGUCCCCGUCUGCCCCAACUCGUUAACUGAUAAUGAAAGCUUUGCAAUGCAUGUCUCGUUAUUAACUUAUUUAUUUAAAUGCACCACCUGUAGCGAAAGAAGCAACUUUCAGCUAUAAAACUGAUGGAGAAGUGGUGUCUGCUCCGGAAACAAAGGCAGCAGCAGUAACUGGUGCACAAGGGCCUGCAGGAUGCAGAGGGUGCCCGCGGUCCAGGGGUCAGAGCAGGUAAACAAAGGUCUUUCUUUUACAAAACAACCCAAGCCAAGAGCUGUGGGUAGGAGACGCUGACCCACGGGCUAACUGAAGCGUGCAAAUAUUCGUUUAGCCACCAAGCCAACAGCUGAGGGCCUGAGGAGCUGGGACGGGCCGAGCCGGGCAGGGGCCCAGCGCCGGGAGCAGCGGCCGCCGGCUCCUCCGAGCUGCACCAGCCCGGGCGCGGAGGCGCCGGCAGGCGCGGGCAGCACCAGCUCGUACUGUAAAACCCGGGAGCAGCAGCGCCGGCGGCCGGAGCCGCCGCGGCCGCACCGGGACACGAGGAGACGCGGGUCGGGGCUUCGGCAAGAAAAGAUGCUCCUGCUUUCCAAUCUAAUUGGUAAGACAAUAGAUCACAACAAAAAUGUGACGAAUAAGGAUUCUUAAACACAACCAUUAACCGAAAUAACCGAACAGCUCUUUUUAUUCCAACUCUAUAAGAGAUAUGAAAAGAUUAAACACAAUCAAAGUCUGCAAUUCAUCUUGACUUUCCAUGAGAAUAUGCACAGAGUUAAAUUUGGGUGAGGUGUUGCUUUGUGUCUGCUCUCGCUAUUGAGGUUAAGCUUGUCCUGUACUUUUACCCUUAAGACCAAGUAAUUGGCAACUGUUAGACCAACGCUGUUAAAACUGCUGAUAAUAAAUUAUGAUAAAAUAGUUACAGGGCUAUAAACAAUGCUAAAUCUUGGCCUAAUUGGAUAAAGUGCUUUUUAACAUUGUGUGUUUUAAGUAUAAAUACAAAUGAUUAUGAUACCUUUAAAAAACAGAUUUACCAAGUUUCCUAAUAAGACAAGGUUUUACAGUAAA